CCAGGGGACAACGUCCCAGCAGUGUAUGGUCUGGAUGUGACUGACGUGUCAGAGUGGGAGGAGACUGUCCUAAGCCCCGCCCUACAUAUACUGGAUAGCCUUACUAAGGUGGAAACAGUUUUAUCAGUGUUUAGUCCUGAUUUUUGUUUUCUUUGGUCAAAGUUUCUGUCAUGUUAGUUUGUUUAAUUUAGCUAAAUGAAAUGAAAUGAAAGUAAAGUUUGUUUUGCUUUUUCCCACUUCCUCUUCUUUAAUUCCGGCCCAGGGGGAGCGGCCUGCAGUUGAGCCAAUAAAAGUGGAGGGGGCAGGGCAGAGGAACAAGCGAAGCCGUCACGCCUGUGAGCUGUGUGACAAGGUGAUCAUCGGAGACCUGGAGUGGACAGGUGGGCAAGCGUUACGCCAAUGUUCUUCCAACGUUGUGUCUUGGCAUGACUGACCCUCUGUAUACAAUAGGACCAAUUCAAACUUGACAGUUCUGUGUUUCUGAGAACGUUACAUAUAGCUGCUAUUCCUCGUGAAUUGGCACUCAAUGUCUUUGGCGUAACGUGCACCAAACUUUUAUGUUUAUGGUUGUCAGACGUUGAACUCACUGACUUGAAACCUGUCCGGCUUUCUCUGUUGUCUCCAGCCCAUCUCAAGUCUAAGAAACACCACUAUCACGUGAGGAAGAAGAGGAAGUCUGAACCAGAAUCUGAACCAGCCAGCGACCAGCCCCAGGGGACUACUCCACCUCCCACCCCCACUACAGACGGCCCUACCCUGGGUAAACCCACUACUCUAGCCCCUGGCUCAGCUGAGGCCUGUGGAGAACCAGAGUCCCCAGGUACCAGUCCUACUGAGAAAGAAGCCCCUGUUCUAUAG